GAGUUGAGUGCCCGGUCAUCUCUUGUCAUCAUUUCAUUUCAUUUCAUGUCUCCACUCCUUCUUUUGAUCCGCCAUUGUAAAGCACCACAGCUCCUCCCGCUCCCACCAUUCUCCUCCUGGACUCCGCUCACCAUCCCAAUUCUCGCUGGAUGCCGAUUGUGAGUCUUCCCUUUCAGAACCCUGACUUCGAGCUCCGUCAUACCAUCCCAAUUCUCGCUGGAUGCCGAUUAUCAAGCAUCAGUCGUAUCUGAAAUUGUCAUCGUCACAUUCUUCCCUCAGCAUCAUUUCAGAGGCUAUUUAUGAUUACAACCACUGGGAGCAUGAGUAGCAACUAGUUUGCUUAUAUUUCUCCACUAUCGUCGUCGAGGAUAUCAUCCCGCCUGCCUUACUCACAAUUUUGGUCUCAGAGAGCCUCUCUCUUGUGGACGUUCUUUGCCCUAAGACAUCUUCAUUGUAGAAUGUGAUUGGCAAGGCUUCCAUGGCCCAAAUUCUUCAGAGAAAAAGUAAUCAAUGGUCGUGCUAUCUUCGAGAAGAAUGGAUAACAUCCGUGUACGCAUUGAUCGCACCAGGGCUUAACGAAGGAAGCUCAUCACUAGGAAUUCCCUCUCUUUUACAUAGGAAUUUCGUCCGUGGAGGUCGAAAUCUUGUUCCGGGCGCUGAGGCUUCAAGGUCCGGCUCCAAUGGAGGAAACAUCGCUGGAGACCUUGAUUCUAAGAUUACAACUGCCACAAGAGGCUAUCAAUAUCAUGCUUUUAGGAAAUAUUCCUCUCUGUACUGCAAGCUUGGGACGUUUUCAAGGGUGGGUGACUUAUCGUCGAACCAUUUCCUCGCGGACUUGGCUUCUGCACCAACUGUUCAUGGAGUUGAUAUUAAGAAAUCGUUUUACAAUGUCUUCAAUUCAAGACGGAGGAAUUUUAUGAGCAUGGACCACGAGUUGAAUGUUUUAAAAGAUGAUGUUAAAACGGGGAGUGAGAUCUUCGUUAAGAACAAGAAGGCGAUGGAAGAGCUUCUGCUUGACCUUCAGCAAAAAGUUGAAAAAGUACGGCUUGGGGGUGGAGUUAAAGCUGUUGAACGCCACAAGAGUCGUAAGAAAUACUUGCCGCGUGAGCGUAUCGACUACCUUCUUGAUCCUGGAUCUCCGUUCUUAGAACUUUCGCAGCUUGCAGGACAUGAAUUGUACACCGACGAUCUACCAUCAGGUGGGAUCGUGACAGGAAUUGGAUCUGUUCAUGGCCGUCUCUGCAUGUUUGUUGCGAACGAUCCUACUGUUAAAGGGGGUACCUAUUACCCAAUCACUGUGAAAAAGCACUUACGAGCUCAGGAAAUAGCAUCCCAGUGUAACUUGCCAUGCAUAUACCUUGUUGACAGUGGCGGGGCUAAUCUUCCAAGGCAAGCAGAGGUUUUUCCAGACCGCGAUCACUUCGGCCGCAUUUUUUACAAUCAAGCACGCAUGUCAGAAGAAGGGAUUCCGCAGAUAGCACUAGUUUUAGGAUCCUGUACCGCUGGGGGUGCGUAUGUGCCAGCUAUGGCUGAUGAAAGCGUCAUCGUCAAAGGAAAUGGCACAAUCUUUCUUGCUGGUCCACCCCUAGUCAAGGCAGCAACUGGAGAGGAGGUUAGCGCCGAGGAUCUAGGAGGUGCGGCACUGCAUUGUAAAAUAUCCGGUGUUUCGGACCACUUCGCUACUGAUGAACUUCAUGCACUUGCAAUUGGUCGCAAAAUAGUGAAAAAUAUUCACUUUGCGGGGAUUACCAACAGAUCCUCCCCUAGCAACGUUAUGAGUGAGGAAUCCAGAGAUCCGCUGUACAGCCCAGAUGAACUUCAUGGUAUUGUCCCGGCGGACGCCCGAAUAUCCUAUGAUAUAAGAUCUGUAAUAGCUCGCAUCGUUGAUGGAAGUGAGUUUGACGAGUUCAAGAAACUCUAUGGCUCUACUCUUGUUACUGGAUUCGCAAGAAUCAUGGGACAACCAGUGGGAAUUGUGGGGAACAAUGGCAUACUUUUCACGGAAUCGGCUUUGAAAGGGGCGCAUUUUAUUCAGCUCUGUGCUCAACGCCAUAUUCCUUUGAUUUUUCUCCAGAAUAUCACAGGUUUCAUGGUGGGGUCCAGAUCAGAGGCAAGUGGGAUUGCAAAAGCAGGUGCUAAGAUGGUUAUGGCUGUUGCAUGUGCCAAGGUGCCAAAAAUUACUAUCGUGGUGGGAGGAAGCCAUGGAGCUGGCAAUUAUGGAAUGUGUGGGAGGGCAUACAGUCCCAACUUUCUCUUCAUGUGGCCCAAUGCUCGAAUUUCUGUUAUGGGCGGGGCUCAGGCUGCAGGUGUUCUAGCACAAGUUGAGAGAGACAAGAGAAGGCGCGACAAAACUGAAUGGAGUGAAGAGGAGGAGGAAAAGUUCAAGGAGAAGGUGAUGCAAGGGUAUGAUCGAGAAGGACACCCCUAUUAUGCGAGUGCACGGCUCUGGGACGAUGGCAUUAUUGAUCCAGCAGACACUCGACGGGUUCUGGCGCUCUGCCUCUCUGCCUCUCUGCAAACGUCUCCAAAGGAGACGAAGUAUGGAGUCUUCCGGAUGUGAUUGUUGAAUGUAAAGUGCCAGGAGUCGUCUCUCAUUUCAACCCAUUGCUUAAAAAAUGUAUAAUAUAGUGAUUCGUUUGUAAUGAAAAAUCGUAUAGUUAACUAACUUCGUGCCUCACCUAUCAUAACGUGAUCCUAAGUUAAUUUGCAUCCAGUCAUGAAUAUUGAGUCGGCCUUCGUUUGAAGAUUGUUGUGUGUAUACUCAAAUGCAGGACUCAUUUGUACCGUCUUACAGUCUGAUGGGAGUUUUACUUGUAACCUAGAAUACCCAAUCCCUUUUAUAUAUCAAUGGUAUUUUAUAUAUCGAUGGUAUAAGCAAGUUUAUUCAACAACUCUCUACCUGGUUACAAGUGAAAGUCACGAGGGAACUUCGAAGUGAUUGCAAGUCUAUUUGAAGUUUUUAUACCAAACGCCUUCAGACGAAUUAGUGGGUCAUCUAAGCAGUGACCCAAUGGUAAGGGUAUUAAUUUAGGAAAUCUCGGAAAAGGGGCUCACAAAAGGCGGAGUGGGGGAGCUUUAUACAAGCUUUAAGAUAGUUCAUUAGUCCAGUGACUAAACAUAGAGGGUGUUCUAUUUCCAUGAGUCCAGUGACUAGGUCUAACAUCCAGUGACAUCUACAUUGAUCAGAAACAGGAUAGGCUAGGGGUUGGUUAAAAUGAUGUUAACAUGUGGAUAUGCAUGAAUUAUCUAUAGGUGGCAAUUGUUGAUUGGUUGGAGUAGAAUAACAAUAUAAUUAGGUGACACACUUCCUGAUUUUGUAAAAGUUAGAUUUUUAAUUUUGUAAUCCACCAUUGAUUGGAAUUAGAUUGUCCUUCA